UUUUUUACUGUCAUUAGUAGUUGCAGGACAUUUUCAACCCACACAUGAAACCACAAGAGACAGACACUUUGGUUUCAAUGAAAACCACAUAAAAUAAAAUCGAUAGAAUUACAGAAGAAGAAAAAAUGCAAAAAAUAAAAGCCAAAGCUUCGUCGUUACCAAUAUUCAACGGGCGGGUGUCAGAUUCAUCCACAUCGAGUACAUCCUCCUCCAUUGUGUUGACCAACAGCAAAGCGAAAAAACGCGGCACAUUCAAUGGCUUUACAAAGCCCAGUGUCUUUUCAAUAUCGUCUGCAACCACAAAUCACUCAUUGGACGAAGAACGGACUCUAGAUUCGCCCGAAUCGGAUGUUGUCCUGCUUCGAAAUACCCCACGUUCCUUGGUUAAUUCACAAAAUACACAAAAUUCGUUGAAUGUAGCCGGCACCGAGCUGAGUAAUUAUGAAAAGGUAAAGGUUGUCGGUCAAGGAUCCUUUGGCAUUGCAGUUUUAUAUCGGCGCAAAACCGACAAUCAUUAUGUCGUUUUCAAACAAAUCAAUCUAAGCGAUUUAACAACAUCAGAACGGGAUUUGGCCAUGAAUGAAGUGGAGGUAUUCUCGAAACUACAUCAUCCGAAUAUCAUCAGUUAUUUGGGUAGUUUUAUCAAGGAUAAUACACUGCUAAUUGAAAUGGAAUAUGCCGAUGGUGGAACAUUGGCUCAAAUAAUUGGUGAACGUGGAAUGCGGGAUUUUUUCCCAGAGCGUUAUAUCGUUAAUGUGUUUGAGCAGAUAUGCAGUGCUAUAAAUUAUAUGCAUUCGGAGAAUAUAUUGCAUCGAGAUUUAAAAACCGCCAAUGUGUUUAUGAACAAAAGAGGCAUUGUCAAAAUCGGUGAUUUUGGUAUUUCGAAAAUUAUGAAUACGAAAAUACAUGCCCAAACAGUUUUGGGCACGCCGUACUAUUUUAGUCCCGAAAUGUGUGAAGGAAAGGAAUACGAUCAUAAGAGUGAUAUCUGGGCAUUGGGUUGUAUAUUGGGUGAAAUGUGCUGUCUGAGGAAAACAUUUGCUGCCACAAAUUUAUCCGAGUUGGUGGGGAAAAUUAUGGCGGGCUCAUACACACCAUUGCCUAAGGGCUAUUCAUCUGCAUUGAAAAGUUUACUCAAUAAUCUGCUACAGGUUGAUCCCGCGAGACGCCCUAAAGCUUCGGAAAUUCUGGAAUACUGGAUUCCAUUAAUAUUUCGUAACUUAAGUAAAAAUAAGGGCCACCAAUAUGAAGAUGAUGUAGGCUCUACAAUGGUCUCCUCAAACAGUUCGAAAUUGCUUUCACUGCAUGAAGAACCCCUUUUAGAACAUAGCUCAAGACGCUCCACCAUUGUGGAUUUGGCAACCGCACAAACCGAAACAAAAGAAAUAAUGAAAGCUGAAACAGCACCGCCCGAAGAAACUGUUGAGAAAAGAUCGGUGUUAUAUCAACUCAAAUCAUUUGGCAAUAGUUUUAGCAUGAAUCCUAUACAGCUGCCACCGAAGGCUUGUAUAUUGACGGUGGCCACAAGUGAAACGCAUUUUGUUGUUGUCAACAGCGAUGGAUCCGUUUACACAUGGGGCGAGGGCACACAUGGCCAAUUGGGUUUAAGUUCUUUGGAGGCAUGGAAACACUAUCCCAGUCGCAUGGAAAGUGUGCGGAAUUAUCAUAUUAUAAGCGCUUGUGCCGGUGAAGGUUUUACCAUACUUUUAACACAAACCGGCUCGAUUCUAUCCUGUGGUGAUAAUAGCAAAUAUGCCUUGGGUCAUGAUAAUGAAAAAACCUAUCACAGUCCAAAGUUAAUUGAGAAAUUGGAAAAUGUCCAUGUCAAAGAAAUCAAGUGUGGUACAACACAUGUGCUGGCCCUAAGCGUGGAUGGUGCUGUAUAUACGUGGGGUACCAAUGUCCAUGGGGCAUUGGGUUUAGGUUCACUUCAAACGCAACAGAAAAUACCCCAAAAGAUUUUGCUUUCACAUGUCAAAGGCAAGGUGAGAAAUAUCUUUUGUGGCCCCGAUACAUCGGCGGUGUUAUUUGGAAGUGGUGAAUUGUAUGUGUGUGGCAGUAAUGAUUACAACAAAUUGGGUUUUGAGAAAACAUCGAGAAUAAUGGCAUUGAAAAAGCUAUUAAUACCCCACAAAAUAGUGGACGUCAGUUUCUCUUCAAACCACACAAUUGUUUUGGUGGAAGGUGGUUAUGUAUUUACCUUGGGUUCAAAUUCAGCUGGUCAACGUGGUGUUGGUAAUUGCAGCAACAUAUUGGAUACGGCAACCCUGGUUGAGCUCGUUAAGGACAGGUAUAUAAUGAAAUGUAAGUGCAACGACCAGUGUUCGGUGGUAUGUUCGGAUGACAAUGUCAUAACCUUCUGGGGUACACGUAAUGGUAUACCGGGCAUAAGUGAGGGAAGUUUGGCGGAUGAACAGGAAACAGAGUUGCAACAGCAUCAAAUGGAUUUGGAACUAGGCAAUAGCACUGCAGCGUUCACAAACUUUUUAGCCUCGGUGUAUAAAUCUGAAUUAGUGUUGGAACCUCAAGACAUACUUGCACUCUACUCUUCGCCGGAACAAUUGGAUAAAGGUUAUUAUGUUAUUGUCAAUGAUAUUUUUCCUUUGCCUCACAGUGUUUUAGUGUUAGUGGAUACUACAACACCUCUAAUAGCCUCAAUUGAUGAUUUGGGAUGAGAUGUGACAUGUUUAUAUUUCUUCAUUUAAA